GUAGGUAUGAUCAGGGCCGUAGCUAGUGGGGUGAAAGCUGGGAAUGAUUCUAGGGGCCCAAAGGUCUAGGUGGGCCCACAACAAAUUAAAAACUGUAUUUUUUAAUAGGUAAAUGGCCCAGAGCAAUAUACAGUUUGGGGGCCCAGAAAUCAUUGCUAUGGCCUUGGGUAUGAUGCACACACAGACACUUAAAACACCAACAGUUUUUAUUUAUUUUAUUUUAAUAGUACCAGAACAGUAUUCGGUCAUUAGUAAUAUAGGAAGUGUUUAAUAUUUAUAUAUUUUUUAUAUUUAUAGUAUAUAAGUAUAAUUUUAAAUAUGUACAUUUAAUGUGUACAUAUGACACACACAUGACACGUAAAAAGUCAUUAAUAGUCCAAAACGGUAUUAGUAGUAUUUUAUUUUACAGCAUAACGAGCUUCGUAGAUGACUUUUAUUUUGAAAUGUUUUUUCUGUACGUAAUAGGAAACGUUCGAAGUUCGAACAGGAUGACGUAUUUACGAUGACCAGAACAGGAAGUUCUCAGUGCAGCUGGAUUUGUGGAGGUGAUCCACUCGUCCUCUUUAUCAACUCAAGUCCCGGAGAUGUCGUGCACGCUGGAGAAGGUUCUGGGCGACGCGCGAACGCUGCUGGAUCGGCUAAAGGAUCACGACACGGCCGCAGAGAGUCUCAUCGAGCAGUCGAGCUCUCUCAGUCACAAGAUCCACAGCAUGAAGGAGGUCGCCAACACUCUCCCUGACAAGUAUAUGGAGGAAAACACAGAGUAUCAGGAGCUGUCCAGAUACAAACCUCACGUCCUGCUGAACCAGGAGAACACCCAAAUCAAAGAACUCCAGCAAGAGAACAGAGAGCUUUGGCUCUCUCUGGAGGAGCAUCAGUAUGCUUUAGAGUUGAUCAUGGGCAGAUACAGGAAGCAGAUGCUUCAGCUGAUGAUGGAAAAGAAGGAGCUGGAUACUAAACCUGUACUCAGCCUUCACCAGGAUCAUGCUAAGGAGGUCCAAAGCCAGUUGGAACGGAUCUGUGAAAUGGGUCAAGUUAUGCGUCGAGCAGUACAGAUGGAUGACCAACAUUACUGCUCUGUCAAAGAGAGACUAGCACAACUAGAGAUUGAAAACAAGGAGCUCAGGGAUCUUCUUUCAAUCAGUAGUAGCUUUGUGAGACCACAGAGAGACGAGACAACCCCACUAGAGAUGACACCCAAGACCCUGGAGAAAUAGAGACCCAAUAGAGGAAAUGCUCCUUUUUUUUUAAGCGCAGAUGAUAUAUUUGUGUGUCAGGAGAGCUGGUGUCAGCUGACAGUAAAGUCUGUAUUGGGAUUCUCUAGUUCUCUUUUGAACCUGUCCUGGCUGUUGUUUAGCUUCCUUCUGCCCAAAAAAAUGCACUUUUGAAUGUUUAUUAUAUAGAUAUCAAAAAGUUUUUGUUCAGGAAAGACGCAUCACCUCCUCUCCAGUUUUUAAAAAUAAUAAAAAAUAGACAUUCAGGAACGAUUAGGCAAAAGUGCAUCAUAGAUCAAUUCUGCCUCCAUUUCUAUUGACAAUUUCAUUUGUAGCCUUGUCUUGAGCAGGUUUGUAGUUUUGUGAGGUUGCACAAUUAAACUGACAGCUGUCUAAUGUGUUAAGUCAAUUCUGUACAUGUGAAAACAGAUUAUCAACAGAUCCAACUAACCUCAGUAUAAAAUAGUAUUGUAGUAUUGUUUUACUAGUGUUGCAUCGUUCAAAUAUUUGAUGUAAUCAUGUAUCAUGGAUUUAUAAUCAGACUUCUCUUUAGAUUGCCUCAAUGUUUGCCAGUCUUUUUUUAUUGUAAAUUGUUGUACUUUCAUCUCAGGAAAGCAAUCACACGCACCACAGUUGUUAUUUUGUAACAGUAAAUAUGUACUGUGAAAUAAAACAGAAACAUU